AUGCCCACUACAACUCUACUUCAUACAAUAUCAGACAAACACAUUGCUUUGGGCGCUGAUUUAUAUGAGGUUCUAGGAGUGGACAGGAAUGCGACCUCGAUAGAGAUCAGAAAGGCAUACAGGAAGCUCGCCCUUCUACACCAUCCCGAUAAGGUGCCAGAACAUGAGCGUGACGAGGCUGAGCUCAGGUUCAAGGAGAUAUCUUCUGCUUAUGAAAUACUGAGUGACGAGGUCAAGAGGGACGAGUACGACCUGAGAGGUGACGCUGCAUUUGGAGCAGGUGGCGUUCCAGGCGCCGGGGCGGGAGGUUUUGGGUUCGAAUAUGAUGAUAGAGACUUCGAUGAGGAUGACUUUGCCAACUUUUUCAACAUGUUUGGUGGGGGUGAGCCACAGGCCCGAAAGCCAAAGGAAUCCGAGUUUACCCCGGAUGCAGAGCUGGAGAUCACUAUAACACUGGAAGACAUAUACAAGGGUAAAAUCUCCAAAUUCACCUCCACAAGAGAGAUCAUUUGCACACAAUGCUCUGGGUCUGGUGCCAAGGCUGGUGCAAAGCCAAAGAGAUGUGAAACCUGUGAUGGGGAGGGCCAUAUCAGAAGGAUAAGAUGGAUCGGGCCAGGUAUGGCUGCCAAUGAGUACAUCACGUGUACUAAGUGUGAAGGUACCGGGGUGACCUUCAAGAAGUCACAGCUGUGCAAAAAGUGCAAAGGAAAGACGACCAUUCCAGAGACAAAGAUCCUGGAGUUUGUCAUCCCCAAAGGUGCUACCUCACUAGAUGGAAAGAUCAUUUUGAAGGGAGAAUCUGACCAGUGCGUUGGAAAGAAACCAGGAGACGUUGUGUUGAAGUACAAAGUUGAAGAUCAUGAGGUGUUCCGCAGAGGUGAAAAUGAAAAUGAACUUUAUGCAACCAUUCACAUUGCACUAGUGGACUCGCUGUGUGGGUUCAGCUCGCGUGUCGUGCUACAUCAUUUGGAUGGCAGACCCAUAAAGAUCGAUUCCAAACCCGGGAAGGUGUUGAGACCUGGAGAUCUUCUGAAGAUCCCCAACGAUGGCAUGCCGUACGUUGGAAAUGAAAACAAACUGGGGAAUCUGUACUUGGAGGUGGUCAUCGACUUCCCUCCUGACCACUGGUUCCUAGAAAAGAGUGACUUGGAUAAGAUCAAGACGAUUUUGGAUGUGAAUUCGAACCAGCCCACAAAAGAUGAUGAGAAUGAUGGUGUCUCCCCGGUGUUCUAUUCUGUUGUGGAUCAAUCGAAGAAGGAGAACAAUAACAGUUGGUGGUCCUGGUUCGGGUGGAAUUGA